CAGCCGCAGUAUCAUGUAAACAUAACUGCCGCGAUUGCUAGUGGUUGUAGCUUCUGCUGUCAUAGCUUGCUAAUUUAAAGCGAAAGAGGUGCGACUCAGCCUGGCUUUGGCUCGGAAGUUGCUAGAUUUUAGUCGAAGAAACUAAACGAGUUUUAGAUUUAUAUCUUGUGGGCAUAUAACGGCGAGUUGAAGCUAAGUGGGGUAGCUAGUGGUGACAUUAGCUCGUGACUGGGACUGUCUUGUUCACUAACCUAGCUAGCAUAACGCCAGCUAGUCAACGCCCGGUCUUUAUGCGAUAUAAAAGGCAAUAACCCCGAGUGACGGUGAAGCUCAUUACAGCAUACAAAUUUAUUCUUUUAGUGUUGCCAAAAUGAAUUUAAGUACCAUACCCUGUUUAGCACAAUGAGCCAAUCAGCAAGGCUAUUCUGCUAACUCGGGUGAUAGGCCAUCGAGUAAUAGAGAGCAAGCUACUUAAACAAGUCAACACCGUCAAGCAGACGGGUCCUCCAGCUUUGUUCAACGGACACAAACGAUACCUGUCGAGGCUUAUUUAUUGUCAUCAUAUGUUGACUGAAAACAGGAAACGACAGCGCAGUGGCGGUGAUGAGGAGAACGGCCACCUGGUGCCACAAGCCAAAAGGCAAAGCAGAGGUCAUCCUCUUUCCCCUGAGACAGGCCGGGAUGCCUGGGACUCUGAGUCAUCCAACAGUGAGAGCAGCAGCAGCAUCAGCAGUCCGGAACAUGCGGCUGGAAGCUGCGGCAGUCGCUGUGCUGUCGGCCCCUGCAGUCCCCUCAGCGCCAGCGACUCCUCAGAACUGGCCGGCUCUACAAACCCGGUGUCCUACGAGCACAUCAACCACAUCCUGAAGCAGGCCCACUUCCAGAGCCUGCAGACCAGAGGCCACAUCAGAGACACAUGAUGACAGCUUUAAGUCUCCCCGUUGCCCACCAGAGGACCCGAGUCCCUGAGGUGCUUAGAACAUCACAUGCUGAUUCACUUCACUCAGCUCUUCCCACCCAUCUCCAGUUACUGUGAUGUCUCACAGCUCUACAUAUCUUUGGAUGGAGGCCAGCUCCUGGUCAGGUAUCUGGAGGGGGUUCAUCAAUUAGAUAAAUAAAGAUGAUAAUUGUUUUAGCAAUAAUAACUGUGUGAUCAACUUUAACAUUUUGUGUGAUCCACUUCAUGUUUGAGCAGUUUGGUAUACAUGCUGCUCCUAGAGCCUCGUUGUGACUGAUGAUGAUGAUGAUGAUGAUGAUGAUGAUGAUGAUGAUGAUGAUGAUGAUGAUGAUGAUGAUGAUGAUGAAUAAUCCCUGUGUUGUUGUCUUAAAUGUUGUAUGAAAUAGUGCUACUGCAUCCGCAGAAAUUGCACCAAAUAUAUUGUAGGCCUGUCAGUGUGACUCGUUUAGUCUCCUAGUGGAGUUCUUGGGUUGUAUGAUGCUGAAUCUGAUGUCUGUGUUAAGUACAUGGACCAGUCUCAGGGAGGAUUUGCACUUCUUGUAUCGGACUGUUCAUUUGCUUUCAUAUUCAGACAGGGACUCCUUCUUAGGGACACAUAGAAGCCUUGGGUGUUAACUUGGCCAAGGACGCACCACGUGUUCUCUGUCCUUAUUUUGUUAGUAAAUAGAGUAUUUGAAAACACAUCAUUAGAUUUCAGCGACUUGUAGUGGAGUGUCAGACUGUAGAACUGGUUUCAGCACUGGUCAUCAUUUUUGAAAGAUUUCAAAACACUGCAAAAUAGAAUUUUGAACAGUUUGUGGAAUUUUCCAUCAACUGCUGUUCUCAUUUAGAUACAAAUAAAAGUGGGGCUUUUUUUUUCAUAUUUCACAGUCGGUGAUAUUUAUCUCUGAUAUGUUCUGCAACCUGAGAGUGGUGUGCGUUUUUUUCCAGAUCAUGGUAUAGACUCAGAAUCUGUUGUUUUCUUGUGAUCUUGACACAACCGAUCCUGCUCUCUGUGAUCAAUGAACAACAAUAGAUGUGUCAUGAGGAGUAAUCACUUCCAAUCAACAGUGUUGUCGAAUGUUGCUGCCCACUUAAGGACACAGACAUGCUUACAGUCUUUUAUAAAAUGGUGCAACUACAACCAAAGGAAGAGUCCAUUUACCAUGACUAGGAUUGUCCCCCUUAAAGAGAGCAGUGGGUCUUAGAUGUUAUUCUAACUUCAUAGUCACAUUGCACACAAAGUAAUGUUAGGUAGAGUUUGCUUUAUGGAGAUGGCACCUGGCAUUCACAGAGGAUUUGACUCGUUCCAUCACUGGUAAUAAAAGUACAAAAUUAAAAUGUUGAGAUUGCAGGAGAAUUAUUUAGAAUCUGUAAGUUCCCUGAACUCCUUGGUAUCCUAUAGAAGCCUGCUUGAUGUGGCAUUUAGCUUGUGGGAAAUGUAGUUCUUUCUGUCCAGAGGGUGUUGAAAUACACCCUGAGGAACAAAAUCAACCCAAAAGGCUUUGUUUGCCAUACGACUGGAGCCACUAACUGCAGGUGAGCUUUCUGCCUGUGCACUACUACUCAAUGGUAGCUACGUAUGUCCCCUGUGCACUGAACAUCCAGGUACACACACUGGCCAAGAGAACACGCAGUUUCAUUGUUGGACCUCAAUCCAGGACUGAGAGUGGAUGUUGAUUUUGAUUUUUUUUCUCAGACUGGUGUAUCAGAUACGGACGCAUUUCAAAGAUGUGGUUUAUUUUUUUUAGUGAUAUAUUUUUUGUAUUGAGUAAUUUUCAUGACAUUGACCUGCCAUUGAUUUAUUUUUUCUUGUAAAAACCCCUUCAUUUAAUAAAUAAAUUAAUGUUUUUGAAAAA